AUGCUGUACCUCGAUCUCCGCGACGACACCAAGCACAUCAGCAACGACUCGUCCCGCAGCGCCGCCCACGUCCCUACCCUCAUCGUAACCCACAGCGACGGCACGUCCACCGCCAUCCGCCAAGCCGUCGACAUUCUCGAAUACUUUGAGGAGCGCUUCCCCGACACCUGCCCCCUCCUCCCCUCCUCCGCCAGCCAGUCGUCCCGGGCCCGCGCGCUCGUCCGCGACUUUGUCAACAUCAUUGCCGUCGACGUCGUCGAGCAGCAGCAGCAGUUCUCCGCCGGCGGCAGCAGCAACGCAGUCUCCAAUCGAGCCAGCGUCACGGGCCACGGCUUCGAGGAGCAGCAUCAGCGCGCAACCGUGGCCUUUCGUCGCGUGCUCGCCUCGUACCAGCAGCUGCUCGAGUCGGCGCGCGGGGCCGACGCAAAGACUUGUCUGUACACCGUGGGAGACGCCAUCACGCUCGCCGACGUCUGUCUUGUGCCGGCCAUGGAGCAGGCCGUGGCGUACGGCGUCGACAUGGCUGGCCUGCAGCACGUUGCCAGGAUAUACAACCACUUGAAGAAGCUUCCGGCUUUUACCGAUUUUGACUGGCGAAAGCAUGCGUCGGCGAAUCGGCGGCUGUAA